AUGGCCAGCUUUUCCAAAAUUAUGGGACAAAUUAAUUUUGUGAACCAAGUAUGCCGAGAUUUUGCUGUCCUGGAGGACCACACUCUGGCUCACAAUCUGCAAGAACAAGAGAUUGAGCAUCAUUUGGCAUCAAACAUUCAGAGGAACCGUUUGGUCCAGCAUGAUCUCCAGGUGGCUAAGCAGCUCCAGGAAGAAGACCUGAAAGCGCAGGCUCAGCUCCAGAAGCGCUACAAAGACCUGGAACAACAAGACUGUGAAAUUGCUCAGGAAAUUCAGGAGAAGCUGGCUAUUGAGGCCGAGAGACGGCGCAUUCAGGAGAAGAAAGAUGAGGACAUAGCUCGCCUUUUACAAGAAAGGGAGCUGAAAGAAGAAAAAAAGCGAAAGAAACAAGUCCCUGAAUUCUCUGGUGCCCAUGUUUAUGGAGAUAGCUAUUAUUAUGAAGAUGGAGACCAGCCAAGGUCGAGGAGGGCCAGGGAAUUGGGUUCUGGAUGUUCAGAGUCUUGUAGUCUCCAUAGUGAUCCAAAGACUGUGAAGCAGAGGAAGGAGAAGCUGAGAGGUCCACUGGGGAACUUGGAAGGGCCGGAAGAAUGUUGCUCCUCAGAGAGGUCCCUGUCAUCCUGUAGCCGGGACAAAGUGAGGGAAGCCCCACAGGUCAGCAGUGAGCACCAUGAAAGGAGACGGUCUGGUCCGGAGCGACUUCAGAGAUCUCCACUCCCCAGGAUCAGUGGAGAAGUAUUUCUGAGUGCUGACACUGGUGACUGGGAGACUAACAGUGGCCGUCGAACUUGGAAUUGGGAAAAACAGUCCCGACAUCAAGACCAACAACGUUCACCCAAAUCCUCACAGAAAGCAGGGCUUCAUUGCAAAGAAACUGUGUAUGGGAGGGACACUGGGCAAGGUGAGCAAAGAGAAAGGAGACGCGGGCCCCGGACUCCUCCCUUCUCAGAGAGUGAGGAGCGGCACUACCUCCGUGACACAGGAACAAAACCGAGGGUGACAAAAGAAGCUGUGUGUGCUCCAUCACGAGUGACCCACAGAGAUCAGGAAUGGUAUGAUGCUGAAAUUGCCAGAAAACUGCAAGAAGAAGAAAUUUUGGCCACCCAGGAGGAUAUGAGAGCUGCCCAAGUAGCCCAGGAUGAGGAAAUUGCUCGACUUCUAAUGGCUGAAGAAAAGAAAGCUUACAAGAAAGCCAAAGAGCGGGAGAAGACAUCUUCAGACAAAAAGCAUGACCCCGACUGGAAGUCAAAAACAGCUAAACCAGCACACUCCAAAUUCCAAGAAAGCGAUGAGGCUCACCGUUGGAAGACCGACAGACCAGCACGGCCGCCACCACCUGUCACAACAGAAGCUGAGGAUCUGGAUGGCACUUACUUUACAAACCAGCAUAGUUCUACACGUCAUUAUUCAAAAUCAGAAUCCUCUCAUAAAGGUUUCCAUUACAAGCAGUAACAACUUGGGAAUCUGCCUUGAAACGGACUCAUUGUAGCAGAUCUUACUGGAUGACACAGAAUGCAUUCCACAUUAUUUUUCUGCUGUGAUUGCAUUCCUGGGGUUUAUUUUCCAGUGUUUUUCUCACUAUAAAUAAUUUCAAUUCAUUUCAGUGUUCUGGCUAUUCUGAUCAUGAGGGCAGCAUAAGAAAACAUAGCUUCCGAAUAUUUGCCACCUUUGUGCUACAUUACUUCUUGGUAUAGAGUAUCCAGGAGCUCUGCAAAGUGCCGUUUUGUUAGUUAUGGAGUAUGGGCAUCUAGGGACUAGGUUUAGUUAGCAGUUAAAUUCUGUGGAGAAUGAGUAAUCCAAGUAAAAUGUAACAUUUGGCUACAGAGUACAAGAAUAUAAGAAGUAGCGCUUUUGGUGCACUGCUGUAUAUUAAUUAUUUUGAAGGGCAGGACAUUUGUUUUUGUAUUCUUUUCAGGGAAAAAAAAUUACAACCAAUAAGUAUUUUAAAAAGAGACAUGUGGAGCAGAUGAAAUAUGUUGUUCUGAAUACAUGGACCACAGUGGCUGCACAUCUUUGUAAGUCCUCAGGAAAAUUGACCUGGAUACCAGCCAUUCUUUGUUACACUUACGGUGCCAUUGCUCUGUAGUAGCCAAGCUUUCUGAAGACCCCGAUUAAUGGGCCAUGAAUUAGUAAUCAUUGGAAAGACUUCUAACUAAAAAUGGAAUACUUUUAAUCUCAUUUUGUAUUUACAUGUAGAGCCAAGAGAAUAUGAUUGUGUAAGUAAAGAUGCUAUUGAUUUCUCUGGCUAUAGAUAAAAAUUUUCCUCUUGCUUAAAAGCCAUUCAAGUAUUUGUUGGUGUCCUUCUUGUAGAAUUAGACAACAUGGUUCUUUAUCUGUUUGGUUCUGCACAUUUGUUAGUGGGCAUUGAGUUCCCUUAGCCCGGAUUCAAGAAAUUCAAAAUCAUUUCUAGCUGUUAACUCAUGGAAUUGCUUAUUGCCCAUACUCUUUAGUUAACACAUAUGGCAAUUGGCAGUCAAGAUAUAUAUUGUGUAUUCCUUCAGUUUUAUUUGCUAUUCUUUUUCCUUGUACAAAUUUGACAUUUCUGGCAUUUCAUUACGGUGUUUGGGAAAGAAAUAUACAGGUGACUAGAGAAAAAGAUUUUAGUUGUCCACCCUCUCACUACAGCUGCCUUCUUUUUGCCUUAUCUGUCCAGACUAUCUUUAAAAUUGGGCAAUAUUCAGAAAUAUGUUUAGAACAGAGUCUCACGGUGCAUGUGGAUCUCUCAUUUUGAGAAUUCCUUGAGUUUUAUAAACUUGAGUAAAAGGCACCCGAGAGUUAAAUUCUGGGCAAGUGAUAACAAAACCUUAAGGAAAACCUUUCAGAAAAAUGGAGGAAAGGAAAAAAUAGCAGUUUGCACAGUUAUGAUGAAAUGAAUAUUUCUUCAUUUAAAGAAGAGGAGACAAAUGAAAGUCCAGCCUUAUGCCAAUUACAGAUAGUUUACUAUCUUAUUAAGCCUAUUGACUUAGAGUAAUGCUGUAUUUUUCUUUAUCUGCCCUGUGAUUUUCUUCAUUUUUAAAGUUUUCUUAAUAGUAACUUUAAAAAAAUACAGUUGUCUUUUUAUAUCAAUUUAGGCAAAUGGGCAACAUCAUUUGCCAUAUUUUUAUUUUAUAAAUGUUUAUUUUUCUAUCUCAUGCAGUGAUCAUUUUACUUUAAAAUUUUUGAGUUUUUUAUUUUCAUGUACUUCAUUAAAUCAUAUUUAUUACUGUAAAAUGUUAACUUGACAUACUUCAGUCAAAAAAAGUCAGAACACUUAACCAGAGUGCUUGUGUCUCAUCUGUCUUAGUGAGUGACCAAAGGUAGUGUUGCUCUUGUGAUAGCCAGUUCAACAUCAGUAUUGAGAAUUUGUUACUUUUUUUGGGUUUUUAAAAGAUAAAAAUUUUAAAAUAUUUUAUCUUUAUUUUAUUUUUUUGAAAAGCACACUUUUUAAAAGAGCAUCAGUAAUUAUUUACAUGUGAGUAAUGAGAUAAAAAGUAAUUCUCCCAGUUAUAUUUUCAUUCUUUUCCAUUCUGAUAAUAUAAAUAUUAUCUUUGAGAUGAUAGGAAUAUUAACAACUGUAUUUUAAUGAACUGCUAGACACACUUCACUGUGUCCUCUGCUUUUUACUUUGUCAUUUUUAUAUAUGUGGAAACAUUUAUUUUGUUCCUGUUCCUGCUUUCGGAACAUACACCAUUUAAAUCUUAGGCCCAUGCUGUAUCAUACUGUUGUCAUAUAAAUGAGUAGUUUUGGCCUUGGAAAACCUUUGUGUCGCCAAGUUUCUACUCUCUGGAGGCCAGGCCCCGUUCACACCAGUAUUGCUGACUGAGCACAGUACAUCACUGAGCCUUAUCUCUAGGCGCCUUGACGUCUUCUCUCCCCCGCUACUGUAAAUCACUGCCUGGGAAGAGAGAUUGGAAAAGAGUCAGAUUAGAAUGUUCUGACUUGAAGAAAAUUUGACUCUGUUCAAGCCACUGUUAAUCAUCAUUAUUUGAUUGGGAGACUGGACAGUUGCUUCAUGUUUUAAAAAAAAUUGAGAUUUUUAGAAAGUGACUUUGUAUACCAAUGAAUUCCUCAAGGAACUUUUCAUCAAGCAGCAGCAUACUAGUGAACUGCAAAAGCAAAACAAAUGCUGCCAUUGGCAUUUUGAUAACCGAAAGCACCUUAAUUAGAAAGGAAAGGUGCUCCUGGAGGAGGACAGCCUCUUCAGAAUGGCAUCGACUCCCUGCAUCUAGGUCAGCGUAUUUCAAAAUGUGUGACAUUGAACUGUUGUUUCCCAUUGAACUCUGCAAAAUUCUGGACCAGAUCCAUGUCCCUCUCUUUUCUGUGGCUGGAGGCCAAACUAGAUGAUGAGUAAAUUCAUUGUUGACUGACCACUCUCCGUCUCUUUCUCUCACAGUCAGAACAUGACAGUAUACUGGUAGCUUUUAACCGAUAUUAUUUUUCACUGGUAGUGUCAGAUCUUUCCAAAUCUGUCCUGUGCCAAACUGGAAAUGCCAACUAUGGUGCAUUCAGUUUACCACUUAAGUGGUAACAUUUUAGGGCCUUGAUUUUGAAGUUUUGCCUUUGUAUAAAAUCACUUAGGGAAACAUCAAGAAGACAACUGUGAUUGGCUAAAGUCUUCAGCGUAAUAAAGGAGUGAGGCCACUCUAUAAACAACUGGAGAAACUGAGAAAAGAACAGAGCUUAUAGUCAAAGGCUUCUUCCCAUUUUGGAAAAUAGUAUCUGUGUAGGGAGCAUUGACAUUGAAAGGAAGCACAGUCCUUGUAGAUUUCAGUGUACAUAGUGUGCCAUAUUCUGAUAACACAGACUUUUUAGAAACAGCUAUAAAAAAAUCAAAACCAGGAUUUUUUUGUAACAGUGCAAAGAAGUUUUACAUGCUAUGUCCAUCACUUACUACUUGCAGUCAGAGAAGUGACUCUGAAAUGGGCCCGUUUUCUCCUCAUCUCUC